AUGGCAACACUAGGAAACGAAGUCGUGCAGACUGCACUGAAAAUACCAGUUGAAAGCCAGUAUGAGCGCCGCUUUGGGCUCAGUUCACCCUGGGAACAUUACUACCACCCUUCCGACACUGCCCCUCAAGGUCGAUUCGAAUGUGAGCUGGACGAUAUGGUUGUUUUUGGUGAUAUCCCCCAAGAGAUCAGCGGUACCUGGUAUCGUAUGCUUGUUGACCCUCACUUCUGCCCACAGCCGGGAACUCCCUUCGUUGAUGGGGAUGGGAAUGUCAGCGCCUUCCGUAUUCAAGACGGGAAAAUCUCUAUGAAGAUCAAAUAUGUCCAGACUGAGCGAUGGCUGCUAGAGCGUAAGGCGGGCCGUCGACUCUUUGGUCGUUACCGGAAUCCUUACGAUAUUCACCCGUGCGUGCAGCUGGCAAAUGACACGACGGCUAAUACCAAUAUCAUAUACUGGGGCGGCAAUAUUCUUGCAUUGGCAGAGAGGGGUUUACCUUAUGCUCUGGAUCCGGAUACUCUCGAGACAAGGGGUGCAGACCCAUAUGGUGGUCAGGUAGCUGCAAAGACGUUUGCAGCGCACCCCAAAGUCGAUCCCCGCAAGAAUGAGCUGGUCACCUGGAGCUACUCUGCUAAGGGCCUCAGCACUCGAGACAUUUGCACCUACUCGAUUGAUCCCCAAGGACGCAUUCACAACGAACACUGGUUCCAGCAGGAUAAGCCCGGCUGGCCACACGACGGGUGGAUCACAGAUAAUUGGAUCAUCCUGUCCAACAUGCCCUUCGCUGUCAACUCCGACGAGGUGAUGAAAGCCGGGGGCGACUACUGGAGGUUCGUUCCUGAUCAGCCCGCGGAAUUCCUCGUCAGUCCGCGCCUGAGCAAUGCCCCAAAUCACCCAGCAUGGAAACCAGGCGAGUUUCGCAAGUACACCGUCGACCAUGGUCUGAUCAUCCACACCGGCAAUGCAUGGGAAGAGGAGGAUGGCAUCUUGAAGCUCGAAAGCCAUUUCGUCAGCUUCAAUGUCUUUUCAUUUUUCAAUGCGGCAGACUACGAGGGCCCCAAAAGCAUGCCCACAGGCGAUUGGAAACGCUGGACCAUCGAUCUCUCUAAGCCAGAUGGAAGCGAACUCCCACCCCCUGAGACUUUGUUGAGCGGAAUCUUCGACUUUCCCAUUUUUGACGAGAGAUUGACCGGCCGCAAGAGCAAGAUCGUCUAUCUUGGUCAAAUGACAAGUCCAGGUACCCCCAGACCCGAAUUCGAUGCGGUGGUCAAGUUGAACACCGAGACGGGUGAGACAUCUACCUUUGACACUGCGAAAGACGGUCGAGUGGCGGAACCGGCAUACAUCCCUCGCGGGCCUGACUGUGAAGAAGGCGAUGGCUGGCUGAUCUUCUAUGCCGAUCAAGAGUCAUCACGCAAAGGAGAAUUAAUCAUCCUCGAUACCAAUGAUUUCUCAAAGCCUGUCGCCAUUGCACAAUUGCCUUUCGUGCUGCGCAAUCAGGUCCAUGGGAAUUGGGUCCAAAAUCCGCAUCCUGAGCGGCCUUUGCCGCCGUUGACGGGCCCAAUUAGAGAUGUCACGCCUACUCCGCAGUAUUCCCAACUGAAUAAGCUUCUAUAG